AUGACCAAACGGCGUCCAAGCAACAAAAAGCCGACGGGAGUGAAUCGUUCGCUGGGAAAUUCGCUACUGAACGAGCGUGAACGGAAUCGAAGGUCGCAUCAGAAGUCAAAGUUUGAGGGCGAGGUGGAAAAUGCAGCUAUGCUGGAUAAGGUCUCUAAAAAGGUUAUUGAUUCAAUCACCGAGGAGAGUGGGCUUGAAGAAUUCUUGGCGAAGGCGCAACUGGCUGGAACCGAAUUCUCAGCAGAUCGAGAAAAUGUUCGGAUCGUUAGCGAAAACAAAAGUGUGGUGAUACCGUCGAGGAAAGAUUUCUUGAACAACGUUGAACUGCAAGCCCAAUACAAGGACAAAUUGAAGAUUCCUCGUCGCCCGUCACGUGAUCGAUGGAAUUCAAUCGAAGAGCUCAACUUGCUCGAAAAUGAAGUAUUUUUGAAAUGGCGAGAGGAUUUGGCCGAGCUUCAAGAUGUUGAUGGACUGUCACUGACUCCCUUUGAGAGGAAUCCCGAGAUGUGGAAAGAAUUAUGGCGUGUUGUUGAAAAGAGUGACAUUGUAGUACAGAUUGUCGAUGCGAGGAAUCCGCUACUUUUUCGCAGCCAGGACUUGGAAGAUUACGUGAAAGAAGUGGAUCCAGCUAAGCAAAAUCUUCUACUCGUCAACAAAGCCGAUCUGUUGCCGAGCGAGCUUGUGCACGUCUGGGCUGCUUACUUCCGCGAACAAAACAUCAACGCCGUGUUCUGGUCAGCCAUGGAUGAGCUAGAAAAGAUUGAUGAAGAUGAUGAAGAAAUGGAGAAAGAACAAGAACAAGAACCGUCUUGUUCAAGCGAAGCGUCUGAUGUGUGCUAUCUUCGCAAGAAAGAAGACUUGAUUGCGAUGUUGAAGCGAAUGGGUCACGUUACUGGGACGCCUGGUGAGAAACCAUUGAUGAUUGGAAUGGUCGGUUAUCCGAAUGUGGGCAAAAGCUCAACGAUCAACAAGCUGGUCGGCGCGAAGAAGGUUUCUGUCUCGGCGACGCCUGGAAAAACCCGACACUUUCAAACAAUCUGGGUGGACAAAGAGUUGUGUUUGUGCGAUUGUCCAGGCCUGGUUAUGCCAUCGUUUUCCUUUGGCAGAAAUGAAAUGUUUUUAAAUGGUAUCAUGCCAGUGGAUCAAAUGAGGGACCAUUAUGGACCGACAUCGCUCUUGUUGUCGAGAGUAGCUCUGGAUUACUUGGAGAACAGAUACUCACUGCUAUUGCCAGAUCGAGAGAAACCAUCGGCAACUGAUCUUCUAACAACUUUGGCAUUCAACAGAGGAUUCAUGUCUGCUGCUGGAAUACCCGACUCUUCUCGUGCAGCUCGACUAUUGAUUAAGGAUGUUGUCACUGGAAAGAUAUUGUGGGUCGCCUCACCUCCAAAUCAAGAACAAGAAGACAUCAAUGAACUCAUGUAUGCCUCAUCAGUAUCAGGAGAAACAAAGAGGGCUGGAGCAGUUCAAUUGCAAGAAUUGGAGAAACGUGGGCUUUUACUUGACGAGAAGACCCGUAAUAAGGAAGUCGACGUGGGAUUCUUUGCUGGGGACACCAGCUCUGCACAUAUCAGGACGUCUAGGGGUUUAGCCGAUGUGCAUGAAUCAUCCCAAACCGGCAGUACGGCGUCGUACACAACAACAAUGGGCAAAAUUAUGAAGACUGGGAAAGUGGUCCUCGUUCUGAGGGGCCGCUACGCUGGAAGAAAGGCCGUUGUUGUCAAGACUUACGACGAGGGCUCAACUGAACGGGCAUACCCACACGCGCUCAUCGCUGGAGUCAACAAGUACCCAAAGCAGAUCACCACUCGUAUGGGCAAGAAGAAGCAGGAAUCGAGAAACAAGCUGAAGCCCUUCCUGAAAGUUGUCUCCUAUUCGCAUUUGUUGCCUACACGAUACACUUUGGAUGUGACAUUCGAGAAAGCGAACAUCAACAAGGAGUCGUUAAAGGAGCCCGGAAAGAAGAGACGAGCGGCGCUUGAAGCAAAGGCCAAAUUCGAGGAACGAUACAAGACUGGAAAGAACAGAUGGUUCUUCACAAAGCUUCGCUUC